CAACCAUUUUACAAGGAUGAAACAAUCCUUUUUAUUUUGGGGUGGCUUCCUCUCCUCUCUCUUCUUUCUUUUUUCUUUUUCUAAUAGUAGCUUGCAAUCCAAGGGAGCAGCUGAUUAAAACAAAACAUCUGUGAUUGAUUUCAUGGCAGGAGGCCCAUCUCUGCAGCUUAUUUUAAAAAGUGGCCUAAAAUCCAGACCCCUGGCCCUGCCAUGCUCUCUGUUCCAUGCAAACAGCUCUGUUGGCUGCCACAGACCCCGGUGGGACUUGGGACUGAUACUGAAGGUCCCAGAGCUGUGUUUUGUCUGGGCAUCCAUUGGCCUGAGCUUGCUGGGCAUCAAGAAGACCCCUGAAGCUGCCAUGCAGACACAAUGUUGAAUUUUCCAUGGAGGAGUGAGACGUGAGGAUGGCAUUUAAAAGAUGUAAAGCUUACAGGACGGCCUGUGAUACCUCAUCUAAAUAUCUCUCAUGUCUUCGCUGGACUAUAAAUGCGCUCAUUAUUUGUCAUCUAGAAGAUGUGUGCUAAGGAAAAGGCAUCAGAAUAAGUCACAAGGAGAGAAACGAGAUUUCUUUUGAACAGUGAAGAGCAGGGGCCUUGACGUGCUGCCCAAUGGGCUCCCAUCCAGGGGAAAAAAACAGUUUGUCUUGGGUUUAAUGAAGGCUGAGAAAGCAAGCGACCAAAAACACCACCGAGGUGUGCAACGUGUGCUCCUGUGUGGUGGUGACCGCGAUGACAGCGGUGUGACAGCUGGCCCAAAACACCCAGUGCUCCGUCCCUGCUGGCCAAUGUCCCUUGAAAGCAUCUGCAGAGAGACGCUGAAAAGCCUGACUGACCUACUUUGGAGAGGAGAGAGAAGCGGCAGGUCUGGGCUUGGUGCUGCUUUCCAGCAAGGGUUAAGAGCCCCACACUGGGGUCUUGAGUUUUUUUUCCCCUUUGUGUAUUUAACUGACUUUUAAACGCCAGCUCAAGCUCUUUUCCUCUCCCCAGGAACACGUUUGGACACAGCUGGACUUUGCAGCACAUGUGGGGUGUAUUUUUGUGCUGAUCAGCCCCUGUUAGCAAAGCCGGGGCCUGGCAGGGUCAGGCCCAGGACCUGGUGGUCAUCCUGGGGCUCCUGCCGAGCUCCCUGACCUCUCCUCGCGGUGCCACCUCCCAACAAAAGAGCAUCACGUGCAAAUGGCAGGGAGCUAUUUUAUUCAGCGAGCAGUGCUGAGUAAGGGAGAGCCAAGGAAGGACGCCUGCAUGAAGACGGAGCUGCUGAAAGAUAUCACCAACAACAAAGAGGAAGGAUUCAAUGCCAUGGCUGCAGAUGAAAGUGCUACGGAAAAGCAAGUGGGGGAACCAAAAAUGGCAGUAGAUGGUGAAACCAACGGUUCCUGUGAGCACAGCGAAGCUGGCGGCCACCCCAACCCAGCGAAAAACACUCAGGACAAUACGAAAGUGAGCCAGCAGGACUCUAGCGCUAAAUUAAAUAGGAUAGCAGAAAAUGGCAUUUCUGAACGAGAUGGCGAGACUGGGAAGCAAAACCACGUGAAAGCCAACGACUUCACACAGACUUCUGUCACGGGGAGCAAUGGAUAUAUUCUCACCAAGCAGAUGGCACAGGAGCAGCCUCUAAGGACUACCAGCACCUUUGCUUCUCUCACCGGCCAUGCUGCAAAAACCCUGCCAGGAGGAGCGAGCAAAGGCAGAACUGUGGGCUCCUUUUCUCAGAUGCAAGCCACGAUGCCGCCCAAGCUCGGAGAGGGCAGUAAGGACAUGGAUGCUAAAAAAGCCGCCGCUGCUAACACUGAAAUCAAGGUCCACAGAGCACGGAAGACAAUGCCCAAACCCAUCCCUAGCCUGGAGUUGCUUCCUGAAUUGGGAUCGAAGCUGAAUCUGAAACAGCAUGCAAGUAAAGACCCCAAAGAUGGGAGAGACAGCAGAGAUCAAAAAGAAUCCAAGGAGGAAGGCAACAAAACCGUCCUGGAGUUUGGGAAGCCGUUGCCGUUGCCCUCUCUCCCGGGCCUUCACCAGUCACUACCUCAGAACCAGAGCUAUGUGGCCACCACGAAGUCACAGACAGCUGCUGCAGUAUCUCGGAAGAAAAAACGGAGGAUGGGAACCUAUAGCCUGGUUCCCAAGAAAAAGACCAAAGUGUUAAAACAGAGAACAAUGAUUGAGAUGUUUAAGAGCAUAACUCAUUCCUCUGUGGGUGCCAAGAGCGACAAGGACCUGGGUGAUGCCAGCCCUCACGUCAAUGGGGAAAGCAUAGAUGUAGAUUCCGAAGAGGAAGACUCAGAUGAGUUGGAAGAGGAGGAUGAUCAUGGAGCAGAACAGGCAGCUCUGUUUCCUGCAGAUGACAACAGGACCUCUAAAGACAGCGCGUCCGAUGCAGACAACGCCAGAAAGAUUGACGAUGGCGAGUCUGAGGAGGAACAAGAGUCUGUGGAGUCUGGGGAGGAGGAGGAAGACGGAGAUGAGUCUGACUUGAGCUCCGAGUCCAGCAUCAAGAAGAAGCUGCUGAAGAGGAAAGGAAAGAUGGACAGUCCAUGGCUGAAACCCACCCGCAAGAGGAGACGGAGGAAUAAAAAGAAACAAGCCAGUGUGCUAGGUGCUGAAGCUUAUAAAUCAUCUUUGGGAAGCAGAGAAGGCCCCGGCCAGGAGAACAGCAUGGAAUACAUGGAGGUGUCCCUGGAUUCCCUGGAUCUCCGGGUGAAGGGGAUCCUCUCCUCACCAGCCGCAGGUCUUUCCAAUGGUCCUGAAGCAAUGGAAGUGGAUGGGCUCCAAGAAGUUCCCCUCUGUAGCUGUCGAAUGGAAACCCCCAAAAGCAGAGAGAUCACCACACUCGCCAACAACCAGUGCAUGGCCACCGAGAGUGUGGACAACGAGGGCACUUUCAUGGAGUGUCAGCCCGAGAGCAGCAUCUCCCACCGUUUCCACAAGAACUGUGCCUCCCAGGUCAACGACAUGAGCUACUGCCCACACUGCGGGGAAGACGCCUCCAAGGCCAAGGAGGUGACAAUAGCAAAAGCUGACACGACCUCAACGGUGUCACUGACCUACGAGCAGCAGAAACCAGCGGCUGUGGAGGGAAGAGCUGACACCACGACGGGGAGUGGCACUGGGACGCGGUUAUCAGAAGAAGACAAGCCAGAAAGUUCGGCUGCUGAGGGGUUUGACAUGGCUGGGUCUUCGGUUUUCCCAAAGCCCACUACUAGCCUGACCCAGGGACCAGUUAAAGAAACUCUGGAAAGUGCCCUGAUUGCCCUGGACUCUGAAAAACCCAAGAAGCUACGGUUCCAUCCAAAGCAGUUGUACUUCUCUGCGAGGCAAGGAGAGCUGCAGAAAGUCCUGCUGAUGUUGGUGGAUGGAAUUGACCCUAAUUUUAAAAUGGAGCAUCAGAGUAAGAGAACCCCUCUCCAUGCUGCUGCUGAGUCUGGCCACGUGGACAUCUGCCAUAUGCUGAUUCAGGCUGGUGCUAAUAUAGACACCUGCUCUGAAGACCAGAGGACCCCACUGAUGGAAGCAGCAGAAAACAACCAUCUGGAAACUGUGAAAUACCUUAUCAAGGCUGGAGCACUAGUAGAUCCUAAGGACGCGGAGGGCUCCACGUGUCUGCACUUGGCUGCCAAGAAGGGACACUACGACGUUGUUCAGUACCUGCUCUCCAAUGGGAAGAUGGACGUCAACUGCCAGGACGACGGAGGCUGGACGCCGAUGAUCUGGGCCACUGAGUACAAGCAUAUCGAGCUGGUGAAGCUGUUGCUUGCGAAGGGGUCAGAUGUCAACAUCCGUGACAAUGAGGAAAAUAUUUGUUUGCACUGGGCUGCUUUUUCUGGCUGUGUUGACAUAGCGGAGAUCCUGCUGGCUGCAAAGUGUGAUUUACAUGCAGUGAAUAUUCACGGGGACUCGCCCCUGCAUAUUGCAGCCAGAGAGAACCGCUACGAGUGCGUCGUUCUCUUUCUUUCCCGUGGCUCGGAUGUCACUUUAAAGAACAAGGAGGGUGAGACUCCACUCCAGUGCUCCAGCCUUAACUCUCAGGUCUGGGUGGCCCUACAGAUGAACAAGACUCUCCGAGAAUCAUCUGCUGAGAAGCCUGCCCAGAUAGAGAAGGUCGUGAGCAGAGACAUUGCCCGGGGUUAUGAGCGGAUCCCGAUUCCCUGCAUCAAUUCAGUGGACAGCGAGCCUUGUCCUAGCAACUACAAAUAUGUUUCGCAGAACUGCGUCACCUCCCCGAUGGACAUUGAUAGAAACAUCACUCAUUUACAGUAUUGCGUGUGUAUAGACGACUGCUCCUCCAGUAACUGCAUGUGCGGCCAACUCAGUAUGCGCUGCUGGUAUGACAAGGACGGCCGACUCCUGCCCGAGUUCAACAUGGCUGAGCCGCCGCUGAUCUUUGAGUGUAACCACGCGUGUUCGUGCUGGAGAACCUGCAGGAACCGGGUGGUGCAGAACGGGCUCAGGACUCGAUUGCAGCUUUAUCGGACACAAAAGAUGGGCUGGGGUGUGCGAACAAUGCAAGACAUUCCACUGGGAACCUUUGUGUGCGAGUACGUCGGUGAGCUGAUAUCGGAUUCCGAGGCAGACGUCCGUGAAGAGGACUCCUACCUCUUUGACCUUGACAACAAGGAUGGAGAGGUGUACUGCAUAGACGCCCGUUUCUACGGCAACAUCAGCCGCUUUAUAAACCACCUCUGUGAGCCAAACCUCAUCCCGGUGCGAGUCUUCAUGUCCCAUCAGGACCUCCGCUUCCCCAGGAUCGCCUUCUUCAGCACCAGGCACAUAGAAGCUGGAGAGGAAAUCGGUUUUGACUACGGAGACAGGUUCUGGGACAUCAAAGGCAAAUACUUCAGCUGUCAGUGCGGUUCACCCAAGUGCAAACACUCGAGCUCGGCGCUGGCCCAGCGGCAGGCGAGCACUUCGGCCCAGGACACGCAGGAAAACGGGCUCCCCGACACCAGCUCUGCCACGGCAUCCGGCCCCUUUUGAGGCUCCGCUCCCCAGAGACUGACUCGUUUUAACCCUAUAGAUCCACAUACUGUCUCAAUUUCCAUUUAAAGAGAGAAAAAAAGUAAGAAAAAGGAAAAUUAAGAAAAAAAAACACCCGCUCAAGGGAAGUCAAGGGUUGUGACACUUAGGGCUGUGCCGCCGACUGUUACUUGAGGAACGAGUAAAAGCAAAUCCACCUCCGUGAUGUUGUUGUCCCCUCCCCGGUCCUGGAAAGCCACUGGUUUUCCCAGUUGUGUGUGGAGGGGGCGGCCGUUGCGGUUUUAUCCAUGGGAGCUGCCCUGGCCGCCGUCUCUGAACGCGCUGAGUGUUGUCGGAGCCAAGGGAGCGCCGCCCGCCCGCCCGCUGUUCACCGAGCGCAUCGCUCAGGCCGAGUCAUCUCCAGUUCACUCGUAAUAAACUUGGAAUGCUUGAUGGGACUUUCUUUCUAAGAGCCGAGGCGGGGGGAGCGGGGCGGGCGGUGCUGCCGUUGGGCUUCGCUUGGCGCAGCCCCGGGGGCAGGUUCUGCUGGUUGGUUUUGGUUGGUUUGGUUGGAUUUUUGGUGGUUUUUUUCAAUCAUAAUAUCUCCAGGGCGUCGCGGUGGGGCCUUUCCCCAGGAGCCACAGGGUGUUUUGAACAAUACCCUCCUCGUUACCAAAUCCACCCGCUAUUUUCUCUUCCGAUGAGAAGAAACCCACGAGUCCUUACAACCCCUUUGCUCCCACGUUCCCUCCCGGGCUUUCUCGGUCCCAAACCAGCUCCUCGGCCGUUACUCAGUGUUCAGCUCCUCCCUGGAAGGAUUUCCCCUCUCCCCGUCGCAUCAAGUGGUUUGAAGGGGAUUGUACAAGACACUAACUUCUUAAGAACACCAGUUUUCCUUUUGUUCUUUGAAAAGCGAUGAUAUAUAUCCUAUAGAGAACCUCGACUCGCAUCCGCCGGCUGGGACGGACAGCACACAGGACGUCACGGCGAGAAGAUCCCAGAUGCCACCAGCUCAUCUGCUCCCAUCACUUCUCAACGCUGGGCACCUUAGAGAAAUUUUUAAGCCACACGCUAUGAGGUUUCGAUGAACUGAUGUAUUUUUUACCGUUACCGAAGCAUUGGGGACUAGCGCUAAAAACACACGGAAAACCCCUAAAAAAUACAAAACGUCGACAAAAAAGAAACCACAAAAAAAAACAAAACGGUGCUGAUUCUGGUGUGAUUUUUUGCUCACCACGUGAAUAUAAACUAUCAAUUGUAUAAAAAGAACAAAGUGAUUUUAGUAUAAAAACGCAGGAAAAAAAAACACAAAACCUUUUUUAAAUGGUUAGUAUUGUAGUGUGAAUAAAUUCGCCAUCACCUUUUGUGUGGUGGCUGGGCAGGUCAUCUUAAUUUUGUUUUGCAUAUAUCUUUAAAUACUGUAAUUAGUGCAGUAACAGGUUUUUUUUUGUUCAUCUCUUCUAGAACAUUCAUAAUGCCGUCAUGUUUAUUAUUAUUAUUAUUUUGUUUUCUGUUAAUGUUUUUGGCAGUUUUGGAGGAGUUUUGGCUCCCAUCAUUUUCUUGUUCUGUUUUCAAUGAAAUCAAUAAAAAAAAAGGGAAAAAAAAGAAAAAAGUGCUUUAAAA